CCAACAUUAUCUCAAUCCGAUGAAAAUGCUGAGAAGAAUUAGUACUUGCAGAAUUUUCUUUCCAUCACAUGCACCACCACCACCACCACUACCAUUCCCUUUCUCUAUUAGAUUACAUUAGCUUCUUUUCUCUCGAGGUUGUCGUCUCUUGUUAGUUUCUCCAUUGAUCUCUAGUUAGUACUUUUAAUUAAUCAAUACGUUUCAACCAUAGCGUCCUUAAUUCUCUCUAUUGUUAGAUCUCUUUUAGAAAUUAAUCCACGAUUCAUUCAACCCUUUGUUUCAAUCAUACAGCAUAGAUCUUUUCCGGGAGUGCGGGUCAUAUUCAGGAUGUACGAUCAUUUUGCUGGCUGAUCUUCCUCAAAUGGUUGCUGGUAAUUUCAGCUAACGUGUUGUCAUAUAUAAGUUUUCGUAUGGGCACAAAAUCAUAGACAUGUAGGAAAACAUAAAUUCUACAUCAGAGAUUGUUAUUGAAAAAGGAAAACAAAAUGAAAAAAUCACAAGAGUGGCAGCGUCUAGGCAUUUCGGAUUUACCGCACAUUAUGCCAGCGGCGCAACGCCACAGACAACCUAUAAAGGGGACAGUUUGGAUCAUUACACUGAUUUCUUUGAUUAGCAUCUUUCUAAUUGGUGUAUAUAUCUAUCCUCCAAGAGGAUAUUUAUCUUGUUAUGUUUUUUCUGGAAUCGGUUGCAAGUCUAUCUCAGAGUGGCUACCACCUAACAUACCUCCAACCAGGGAAUACACUGAUGCUGAGAUCGCAGCUCGUGGUGUCAUUAGAGAUAUCUUGCAGACACCUCCUAUACAAACAAAGACGCCUAAGAUCGCUUUCAUGUUCUUGACUCCGGGUCCGUUACCUUUUGAAAAGCUAUGGGAUAAGUUCUUCGAUGGGCAUGAAGGCAGAUUCUCCGUAUACGUGCACGCAUCCAGGGAAACACCGGUACAUUUGAGCCGUUACUUUGUCAACAGAGACAUUCACAGUGAAAAGGUGGUCUGGGGUAAAAUUUCUAUGGUUGAUGCAGAGAGGAGACUACUUGGAUUGGCCUUCCAAGACCCUGACAAUCAACAUUUUGUACUUCUCUCAGACAGCUGUGUUCCACUUCAUAAUUUCGAUUAUGUCUAUAACUAUUUGAUGGAUACAAAUAUGAGCUUUAUUGAUUGCUAUGACGAUCGAGGACCCCAUGGAUCCGCUGGCAGGUAUUCAGAGCAUAUGUUACCUGAAGUUGAAUAUAAGGACUUCAGGAAAGGUUCUCAGUGGUUCACAAUGAAGCGGCAGCACGCUAUGAUAGUCCUAUCAGAUAGUCUUUACUACGAGAAGUUCAAGCUUUAUUGCAGACCAGGUAUGGAGGGAAAUAGGAAUUGUUACUCUGACGAGCAUUACUUUCAGACACUUUUCCAUAUGAUGGAUCCUGGAGGCAUAGCAAAUUGGUCAGUGACAUAUGUCGAUUGGUCUGAAAGGAAGUGGCAUCCGAAAGCAUAUCGAGCUCAGGAUUGUACCUAUGAUCUCAUGAAGAACGUUACAUCUAUUGAUGAGAGUAUACAUUAUACUAGUGAUGAAAGGCAAAUACUGAUGGAUAGAGCAUGCACGUGGAAUGGGAUGAAGAGGCCGUGUUAUUUGUUUGCUAGAAAAUUCAUGCCGGAGACUCUGGACAUUUUGAUGCAUUAUUUAUCCAAUUACGCAACUGGUAGAAACAUCGAUCCUACCGUUGAUUAUUAAUUCUUCGGUCGAACAACAACAUUAAUUCGACCCUCUCACUUCACCAACUCGGCUACUUUGUAGAUAAUAUUAGAACAUUACUACUGGUAGCCAGAUUUGAUAGAUUUAAUGUAAGGAAACUUCGUUUUGGUUCAUGUACAUUGGAUCUUCGUAUAUAGAAAUAUUAUGUACAAUGACUCGCCCCAAUAAUGAUGAGACGAUAAUGCCAGCUUAAAUUUUUUGCUGUAUUUGGUGUUAUUUUUUCCUUUCAAAGCACCCAUUUAUGAGUAUGGCGCAUCAGCAUUAUUUUCAUCUUUAUAAAAUAGUCUAUAUAAGAUCUUCAUUUUUUUUUCA